UAUCUCAUCUACUGUAAAGUCGACUUCAUACCACUAAUCACAACUUUAUUGGCUAUAUAUGUGUGAUUCUAAUCAUCUUCACACUCAAGAAAAUGCAGAGCAGUCUGCAUAUAGCUAUGGCUUCUUGGAGUUCCCCAAUAAUUCUAUCAAUUUUAUUCACUUUCCUAACCUUUUCGCCAUGGGCGGUUUCUCUUUCGAUUCAACAUCAAUUCUACAAAUGCGUUUCUCUCCAUUCCCAUACCUCCAUUCCAUUCUCCACCGCUUUCUUCUCCACUACUACAAAUGCUUCAUCUUUCAACUCCGUUCUCCAAUCCACCGUCCAAAAUCUCGUCUUCCUGGUGCCCUCCGCGCCCAAGCCGCUGCUCAUAUUCACACCGCUGACUGAAUCCCACGUCCAAGCCGCCGUCGUUUGCACUAAAGAAGCCGGCGUUCAGCUCAGAGUCCGCAGCGGCGGCCAUGACUUCGAAGGCUUAUCCUACACGUCGGACAUGGAGUCUCCGGCGCCCUUUGUCGUGAUUGAUUUGGCUAAGCUCCGGGGAAUUAAAGUUGAUGUUGAGGAUAACAGUGUUUGGGUCCAGGCCGGCGCUACCAAUGGAGAAGUGUAUUACAGAGUUGCGGAAAAAAGCAAGAAUCUUGGUUUUCCGGCGGGGAAUUGCGUCAGCUUGGGAAUCGGAGGGCACAUAACUGGAGGCGCGUAUGGUGCCAUGCUGAGAAAGUACGGUCUCGCAGCUGACAAUGCUUUGGAUGCGCGUAUUGUUGACGCGACGGGAAGGGUUCUAGACAGGGCCGCAAUGGGGGAGGACCUGUUCUGGGCAAUCAGGGGCGGCGGCGGCGGAAGCUUCGGAAUUCUACUCGCCUGGAAAAUCAAGCUGGUUCCGGUGCCGGCGACGGUGACUGUUUUCACAGUCCCGAGGACAUUGGAGCAAAACGCAACAAAACUACUCUACAAAUGGCAGAAAGUCGCCGACAAGCUCGACGAGGAUCUCUUACUCAAAGUCCUCAUCACUGCCGUGAAUUCAACCGCCGUCAAGGGCAAAAGAACAGUACAGACCGCGUUCGACGCCGUGUUUCUCGGGAAAACCGACAGGCUGCUCAAAAUAAUGAAUCACAGUUUCCCAGAACUGGGCUUGACCCCAAAGGAUUGCCUUGAAAUGAGCUGGAUCGAAUCGGUAAUUUACAACGCCUUAUACCCAAGAACCACGCCGCCGGAGUUUCUCCUCCACGGGAAACCACUCUUUCCGAAGACAUUUUUCAAGGCGAAGUCGGAAUUCCUAAGAACGCCUGUCCCGGAGAGCGGUCUCCGGGGACUCUGGAAGAUUUUCCUUAAGGAGGAUACGCCGGUGAUGGUUUGGAAUCCGUACGGAGGAAUGAUGGCAAAGAUUCCAGAAUCUGCCACUCCAUUCCCUCACCGGAAAGGGGUGAUAUGCAAAAUCGUGUACCUAACGUCCUGGAAAAUUGAAGGGGAGAAGAAGAAACACUUGGACUGGAUAAGGCGGAUGUACGAUUACAUGGGCACUUAUGUUUCCAAGUCUCCCAGAGAAGCUUAUGUGAAUUACAGGGAUUUAGACCUCGGAAUGAACAAAAAUGGCAGAAACACCAGUUUCUCAGAGGCUAGUGUUUGGGGUUAUAAGUAUUUCAAGGGAAAUUUUGAGAGGCUUGUUGCUGUGAAGACGAGGGUUGAUCCUGAUAAUUUCUUCUGGCAUGAACAGAGCAUCCCUGUUCUUUCCUAAUUAUGUAUGUAUGUAUUUUAAGUCCAGUGUGAUUAAGGUUAAGAAAAAAUGGGGAAGUUCAUAUCAUCUUUCAAACCCAUUUUUAUGGCAAUAAUGAAAUACCCAAUCAUUUAAUGUUGAAUUCCGCUA